AAUUUCAUAACAACUAUUGAAACAUAGCCAGAAUGAACCAAGAAUCCUGCUUUACAUCAGCCAUGAAUCAGAUGAUGACGGAAGUGUAUUCAUACAUGACAGAGAUAAUUUCUUUAUACGAAAGCCACCCAACCCCACCUAUUUCCCUAACUUCUCUAGUUAAAGCUUGUGAGGUAGUAAACCUCUGAAAUAUGAAGCAUAAAGAGAUCUUUCGGCACAGCAAAUCUGGUCAUGUUCAAGAAUUUACUAAAACCCAAGCCAGAUUUAUGCUCAUCAUCGUGAAGGAAUUCUUCAAGAUUAAAUAAUGAAAGACCUGAAGAAUUCGUUGAAAACUAUGAAGAUGCCUUAAAGCUGUCGUAUCUACAAGAGAAAUAUAAUCAGCAUAUGAAGCAGAAUAAAGUGAAAGAAAGACAGCACAAAUCACCUCCAAGGAAGAUCAUUAAAACUCGUAAAAGUAGUAAAAAAAGGAAGACUAGGAACAAGAAGUCUAUUUAUAAAUCUUAUGAUAAUGUCUUAAACAUUGUUCCCCAAGAUAGUGGAAAGAAGCAUCAUUAUUCACAGAAGAUAUUAGGCCAUUCUCAAGAUAAAUAUGAUCGCUAUUCUGAAAUAAGGCAUCCAAACGACCCUUUCCCAGAUAUUAGACAUUUAAGCAGAAGAAAUAGGUCGAAGAAGAAUAAAUCGAAGAGGAGGAAGUUGCUCAAAUCUAGAAAUGAGUCUCAGCAUAAAUCAAGCAAUGAUAUUCAGACUACUAGAAUGAACCCUAUCGAAGAGCAAUAUCUUAGAAAGAGCAAGAGCACUUAUAUGAAUAGUGGAUGGGGCAUUAACCCGAGGAAGUUCAAACAAGUAAAAAGCAAGUCUACUCUCAAAGGCAGGAGUGAGAUGACACAAGAUACAUCUCCGAAAUCAAGGAGAUUAGUUAAUCACAAAAGCUAUCAGAAGAUGAAAGUCUACAAAGAUGCAAUACGAGACACCAGGAAAAGAAGACCUUUUCAGCCACAAACUCAGAUAAUAGAAUCAGAUUAUGAAGAAAGUGAUGCUGAUUCAGGAAACUGGAUUGCAGGAGGUGGUCUCUAAUUAUUAUUCUUCAAUUUUCUAUAAA